GAAUGGGCAUGCGCACUAGAACGGUGAACCUCAUCGGCAAUCGUGUGAGCAACUAGCUUGGCGCUUCUCACUAUUUUCGGUCCACUUGAGGUCUGAACGUCUUUCGUGACACUUCACACCAGAUCCGAACCUUUCGUUUCCAUCCACUGGAAUUAUUGUGACAGAGGCGUGAGGGAAUAUGCCCAAAAAUAAAGGUAAGGGAGGAAAGAAUCGGCGGCGUGGAAAGAAUGAAAACGAGUCUGAGAAGAGAGAGUUGGUGUUCAAAGAAGAUGGACAGGAAUAUGCUCAGGUGAUAAAAAUGUUGGGGAAUGGCCGUUUGGAGGCCAUGUGCUUUGAUGGCACCAAGCGACUCUGCCACAUCAGAGGAAAACUCCGGAAAAAGGUGUGGAUCAACACGUCGGACAUCAUCCUGGUGGGCCUGAGAGAUUACCAGGACAACAAGGCCGACGUCAUCCUCAAGUACAACGCGGACGAGGCUCGCAGUCUGAAAGCGUACGGCGAGCUGCCCGAGCACGCCAAAAUCAACGAAACAGACACGUUUGGUCCCGGCGACGACGACGAGAUCCAGUUUGACGACAUUGGCGAUGACGAUGAAGACAUUGACGACAUCUAAAGACUUACACACACAUACACACACGUUUAUCCAACAGGGAUAUUUUUUGAGCCGACACAGCGCUGAUAAAAUAAAAAACUCAUUUUAUAGAAUCCCUUAUAUAAAUUGUCAAGUUUGUUUCUCUUUCAUCGGUCAACAUGUUUGUUGAAUGUGAAAUUGAUGAAAGAAAACAAAACGUUUUUGUUCCCACUGAGAACCAGGUCAACGGGUUUCUUUUUCCCCCCCUGCAUUUUUUUGGAGGAGCGUGUGACUGCAAAAUCAUGAAAUCCUUUUAAGAAGUGUAUUUAUAUUCAUUUCACAUUUGGUGGAAUUUAAGAGUUUCAGAAUCUUUGGAUUCACCAAUAAACACAUAAACCAUU